ACGUCUGCAAAUCUUCCGAAAUUUGUGCCCGAAUGUACCACUGUUGGCGUGUACGGCUACUUCAACGCCCAAGGUCAGAGACGACGUCAUCAAAAGCUUGGGUAUGGUCACUCCUAAAAUAGUGUCGAUGUCGUUCGAUCGGCCGAACCUUACUUACAGUAUC